UUCAUCGUGGGGGAAGAUGGUCAUGAACCCAUGAUAUUCAGAAAAGGAAGGCGAUGCGGGAUGAGGUAGCCCGUCUCCUUUGACUAGCCUGCCGCCAAACUUUUUAUGUGGUUUGCGCCGAUCAGAGGUUGUCUGAGGGUCUCGUCUCCUUUCUUCCGCUUCAACUUUUACAUGUCAUUUCCUGCAACAUGGUGGUCAAGGCAAAGAGACGAGCGAGACUCCCCAAAAAAUAUAUUCCCAACAUCAGUAAACAACUUCUUCCUCGCUUCUGACUAGUGAAAUCUGCAACGCGGUCGGCGGCAGCAGCAGCCAAAAGCAGCGACAACGACUGACGCCUACGGAAACCCCACGUUACUCGGCACGGAAGAUUUGUUUUUUUUUCCCCAAGAAAACAUAAAGAAACAGUGGGGAGGAUUUAUAUAGCGAUCAUCAAUUUAUUUUCGCAGAGAUAAAAUGAAUGAAAACUGGUCUUCAAAACAUCUUAAAGACCGAUUCGAUCACAGGCAAGCAGGUGUGAAAGUGAAGAUUGAGAAAAUUCUGCCUGAAGAGGAAGCUAAGUAUGGACAAUGCAUUGUGUCAGACUAUACCCAGGUAUAUCCCACAGAAACAGAACUGGAAUUGGGGCAGGUGAAAGGUGAAGAGGUGACGAUGAAUGAAUCCCAUGAGCAAAAUGACUACUGGUUUUGUGAGAAUUGCCAGGAGUACUUCGUGGACGAGUGUGCCCUUCAUGGACGCCCAAUAUUUGUUACUGAUACACCUAUACCUGUAGGCACUCCAGACAGAGCAGCCCUCACAGUUCCUGCUGGAGUAGUAGUUGUGAAGGAGCCUGGAGGAGAGAUCGAUGUUCGUUGUUUGGAUACCAUCAUUCCAAAAGGAAGGAUAUUUGGACCAUAUGAAGGAGAAGUGUGCCAAACUGAUAAGUCAUCUGGGUUUUUCUCCUGGCUGAUACUCGGCAAGAAUAACACAUACAAGUCAAUUGAUGGCACAGAUGAGACCAAAGCCAAUUGGAUGAGGUAUGUGGUUAUAUCAAGAGAAGAAAAUGAACAGAACCUCAUGGCAUUCCAGCAUAAUGAGAAGAUUUAUUUUCGAGUGUGUAGGGAUAUUCGCCCUGGCGAGAGGCUGCGAGUUUGGUACAGUGAUGAUUACAUGAAACGCCUCCACGCAACCACACAGGACACUGUGGACAGAAAUCUACUAACUGCGGAAACAAAGUGCAAGAAGGCUAACCUAGGAAGACAUUCCACUGACAAAUUUACUGGAAAUCCAGGGACAUCCAGAAAACCAGGGAUUCUAAAUAAGGAAGAUGUUGAAAGACUUGAAUGUACCAAUUCAAACAAAAGUGGAAAACGAAGCAACAAAGAUGGAGACUGCAGCCCCAGCCCUAAAAAAAAGAAGCUGGAACAGUUGUUUAAAAGUAGCCAUGACUUGUCUGGUGAUCCCUCAAGAGAAAAAUUUGGUUAUCCUGUUUCUGGUCGUGGUCCAUCCCAGUAUGUGUACAAUAUGACGCAAACUAGCAAUCUUCAUAAAACUACCUCAUCUCCUGUACCUCAAAAGCCUCUGUUUGUAGGCCGGAGUGGACAGGAACUUGAAGUCAAUAAGUUGACCACAGCACAAGACAAAUAUCCAUCACCUGUUGACAGCCAGUUUCCUGCUCGACAAAGGCACAAGCAUCAAGAGGGUGAUACAUUCAACAGGCCAGGAACUUCCUCACAACAAAGUGCUUUAUCUCUGUCCAGCACCAGAGGUGAAGUAGACUCCAGGCCUCAAGAAAAGGCUAGUGAAAAGCAUUUAAACUCUGGUUUCCUUCAAAAUAUUGAAGAAGGUAGCUGUGCUUUAUCACCAGAGAAUUCAGGUGGACGACAUGGGGGUGUCACUGAGGAGGAUCUUCCAACAAGCCAGCCCUCAUCAUACUGUCCAAACUGUGUAAUACUACAAGAGGAAAUUCGAAAGCUUCAAGAGGAACUAGAUCGGUUGAAGUCUAACUUGCCAGCUCCAGAAGCACAGACUCCUGUUCCAGUUGUUAUGGAUGACACUAGUGAGCAGGAGAUGGAUUCAGCUGAUGAGUCAAUGUCCAAUGAAAUGCUGGCCACCACAGAUGAAAUAUCGAAAACCUCUACUGGUACUGGCCGGAGAAUCAGACGCUUCAAGCAUGAAUGGCUGAAGAAGUUCUGGUUUCUACGCUAUUCACCAACACUAAAUGAAAUGUGGUGCCAUGUUUGCAGACAGUACACUGUUCAGUCCUCCAGGACGUCGGCCUUCAUCUUGGGCUCUAAGCAGUUCAAGAUUCACACUAUCAAAUUGCAUGCACAGAGUAAUCUUCAUAAAAAGUGCUUGCAGCUUUAUAAGCUUAGGAUGCAUCCGGAAAAAACUGAAGAGAUGUGCCGAAACAUGACACUGUUGUUCAAUGUUGCCUAUCACCUAGCCUUUGAAGGAAGAAAUUUUUCAGAUUUCAGGCCUUUGGCUGAGCUUCUGAAAAAAUGUGACUUAAAGAUUGUUGACCAAUACUUGAACGAGGGAGACUGUCAAACUUUAAUUCAUCACAUUGCAAGGUCUCUUCGUGAGGAUCUCUUUGAGAGGCUCAGGGUAUCUCCAUUUAUGAGUGUGAUAUUGGAUGGGCAGACAGAUGACUUGGUUGCUGAUAAUGUUGCCAUCUACAUUCGGUAUAUUACCAAUGAGGGGCCUGCUGCUACAGAGUUAUUGUCCCUACAGGAACUGAGUUCUGUAACAGUGGAUGGUUAUAUACAGGCAUUAGACAGGGCCUUUGGGUGUAUAGGGAUCAAAUGGAAAGAUGAAAAGUUAAUUGUAGGACUUGGGGUAGAUGGAGCCACGAUGACAACAGGACUAAGGGCAGGUUUGGCCAUGAAGAUCAAAAAGACUUUGCCUUGGCUACUCUCUGUCCCUUGUGUGGUGCAUAGGCCUCAUUUGGAAGUAUUGGAUGCUAUAAGCAACAAGGAACUAACUUGUUUGGAAGAACUAGAGAACAACUUAAAGCAGUUGCUGAGUUUUUAUCGUUAUUCCCCUAAACUCAUGUGUGAACUAAGAUCUACUGCAGCAACACUUUGUGAGGAGACUGAAUUCCUUGGUGACAUUCGAGCUGUUAGGUGGAUUAUUGGAGAGCAGAAUGUCCUGAAUGCAUUAAUUAAGGAUUAUUUGGAGGUGGUAGCUCAUCUUAAAGAUGUUAGUGGUCAAGCACAUAAAGCUGAUGCAGCUGCCAUUGCUUUGGCUCUACUGCAGUUCCUGAUGGACUAUCAGUCAGUUAAGCUGAUCUAUUUUUUAUUAGAUGUCAUUGCUGUACUUACACGACUGGCAUUCAUAUUCCAGGGUGAUCACCUUCUCAUUACCCAUGCAGAUGACAAGAUUGAAGAAGCCAUUGAGGAAAUCAGUAGAUUGGUGGAAUCACCAGGAGAAUAUCUACAAGAAUUUGAGGAGACCUUCCAUGAAAGUUUUCAUGGCGUACCUCUGAAAAAUCUGAGAGUAGCAGAAGCCAAGUUCAAUUCAAUAAGAGAAAAGAUAUGCCAAAAAACCCAGCUGAUUCUAGCCCAAAGGCUAGAUUCUAAUAGUCGCUCAGUUAUUCGAGCAUGUCAUGUGUUUGAUGUUGCCACAUGGCCCCAAACUGAGGACAACCUGAUGAGUCAUGGUGAGGAAGAGAUCAUGCAUAUAUAUAAGCACUUUGAAAUUAUUCCAUCAUUUGCAAGGGAAAUAGGUCUAGAUGGCAGAGACAUUCAAGGAAUCUUAUUGCACGAAUGGAAGGAGCUCAAAUCUGAGUGUUACAACAAGAAUGGUUUCAAAGAGUUGAGCCGUCACAUUUUUAAGUAUAAACAAAAAUUCCCAAUACUAAAUCGGAUCACUCAGUUAUUGCUUGUUCUACCAACAUCAACUGCUGCUUGUGAGAAAAAUCGUGGUGCCUUCUACCGGAUACGUAACAAUAAUAGGUCUCGACUUAGCCUUGACCAACUCAAUGACCUUCUAACAAUUGCUGUCAAUGGACCACCCAUUGCCAAUUUUGAGGCUAAGAGAGCACUGGAUUGUUGGUUUGAGGAGAAGUCAGGGAACAGAUAUUCCUUGUCUCAAGAGAUGAUCAACAGAGUUACUUCAUUGGACCAGAAACCAACAUUACAUGGUCUGGACGUGGGAACUGAUUGUAUAACAGAUAUUCAUGAAACCAUUAUGUAAAUGAUUGGAAUUUUUAAAUUGCCUAUAGUUCCAUGAUUUAGUGGGAAUAACUCAAAACCCAUUCUUACUUCUGAACUUUAUGAAAACAAUUAUUGGUGACAGACUGGUACAAAUACCAGACCAGAAAAUUCAACAGGGUGUUGAUAAAAUUUCCACCAGAAAACCACUGCAGCACUGACUUGUCGGAUCCAAUCCCUAGAUUGAUUUCCCAGUUGUAUUGUAACCUUUGAUAACCAGUACUUGCCAAAUUGAGAGGUUAAAAUUAUCAGAAUGGACAGCCUGCAAAAGGUUUGGUACUGUUUGCCAUCAAAAAUAAUAACUGCUAAUUUGCUUUUAGUAAUGGAAAUAUUAGAUAAGAGAAGUGAUUUGUCAUUCUAACUUUUUCAUUAGAAACUAAGGUUAUUUAAGCUGUUUAAGGUUGAUAUUAAGAGUCGCCUUGUCUAAUCUUAACUCGUUUUGUUAUUUACAGAAGCUAUAACUAAGCAUUAACAAUUAAUGAUUAAUGGGGAGAAGGAAGGGAGGUAAUUUGUUAUUUGUGGGGUUGUAAGAGAUGUAAAAUACAUAGUCCAAAUGAUUUAAAAAGUAUAUGUAUCUACAAUAUUUUUAUAGAUUACAAUUAUUGAUAAUAGAUGGUCAACUUUUCAUGUCGAGCGAGCAUGUCUUUUAAAGAAAAAACACCUGGAAAGGAAUGAAUGUAUCAAGAGGAUAUAAUUCUCAAUCUCAUUCUAUUAUUGCUGUGAAAGGAAACAGACACAUAUCAGACAAUGCUUCAGCUGAGCAUGCCCACUUCAGUUAGCUAGGCUAGACUGCAAAAGUAUCAAUAUGUGUGCUUAGGCAGAAGGCUGUUGAUAGAAAUUAUUCUCACUUACCACUGGUUUACAGUCUGUUAUUAAAAAUGUCCUAAAAUUAGAUGAUACUGAGACUAUUUGCUAAUUUCAAUAAUCAGUGGAGGAAGGAUAGUUAUCUUGGGAAUGGCAAAGUGGAGCAGCAAUAUGUUGAGUUGUGAGAGUAGUUAUUUAAGCUAGGUACUUUUCAUAGCAAUUGUAGAGGAUUAUACCUUGCCCAGAGUGCCAGAUGCGUUCACUGGCUGUAAAGCACUUUUGUCAUAUGCAGCUGCCCCAAAAAUGACACUGCAUUCAGUUUGACAGUUCCUAGUCAUGCUUUAUGCCUGUGGUGUUUCACAUUUUCACUCUGAAAAGAGUACUGCACAAAUGAAUCAACGUUAAUCUUGUUAGGCCAACAAAUUCACAUUAUAGCAUUUAAUCUUAACACUUUUUAAAAACAAAAUGUCUCCUACUCUGAGAAUGAGACAUCAGUUGUAGAGCAGAUAUGAUUUUUGAGAGUUCUAAAUAAAAGUUUUAGUAGAUCAAGAAAAAUAUUUUAUUAAUGUGAUAUAUUCUCUUUAAAUUAACUUUGCCAGUAGAAAUGAGAUUCCCUGUCUUUGGGUGUCAAUAACAGUGACCACUGACCCUUACCAGUUAAUUAUGAAAGGCUGCUAUUUCCAGGUGACCAUAACAGUCUGUAGCCAUUUUAAACAUUGACUAGACAUUGGUGGUACUUAACUUGUAACCACCAACUAGUGCAGGAUGGUUAUUAGAGCUAAAUUUCUUACAUCAUGAUCUCUUAGAAUUCCAUGUAAACCUGGGUAUUAUGCUGUGUGAUAUUAUUGUACAACCAUAUAACAUUUGCAUAAAAUUAUUAUAACUGCUAUUUAAAAAAAUAAAGAUCAGGCAACGUAAUCAUAUCAGUCUGGGCAACGUUCAAAUGCACAACUCAAAUGGCAAAGAUGGUAAGAAAAAAGUGAAAUGACUGUUCUACCUACUCACUUUCUGAUCUUGGAGAAAUUAGCUCAGCACCUAUUUAGACGUUGAAAUUAAUCCAUUAAGAAUUUAUUGCUGAAUGCAGAUUUUAGAAUGCAGUAAGACUACCGCUGUGAAUGGGACAAAAUGCCUGGGCCUUUAAAUAGAUUACAGAAACAGCCAUAACCCAUGUACACAUUGUAUAUCACGAUGUGGAUUAGUGAUGAAUUUCUGUUACUUAGCCCUGAAAUAUAUUAAUUGUUGGCAGUGUAUAAUGCACAAAUUCCUAGGCAAGUAUUAGAGAUAUAUUUAGUUUUUUUUUUAAAUCGGUUGUUACAGUAUAUUCUAAAUUGCAAGGUUUAUAAAAUGUUGUGGAAAUAUUAGUAUAUCUUAAGAAUGUCAUUGUGAUAGGAUUGAGCUUCAUUUCAGUCACUGUAGAUUUAAUAAAUUCAGAGCAGAGAGGGGAAGUGCUAUUAUUGAAGAUGGCUUUGUUAGCAGGUAAGGUCUAUUGCCAUGUCAUAACCCCACUCAUAUAUUAUAUAUUUUCCAAAUGUUCCUUCUGCCUCCUGGAAUAGGCAGUUAUCUUUGCUAUGAUCUAAGUUACUGUCACUAAAAUCAAGUGACUAAUUUGUGAAAUUUAAUAAGGUAUCAAGACUAGAAAUUUCCAACAGCCAGAAAUUCUUCAGCUUUUAAAAUUUGUGCUUUAUGAAUUUCAAAUAUUUCGGGAACCUGAUGCUUAAGAUCAGAAUGAACUCUGCAUUGUUAUCAUGACCAUAUUUUCUGAUGUCUACAAAUAGAGACCAGAGCAGUUGUCUUUUAUUAGCACGCUGAAGCCCUACCCUCACCAUGGUUUGUGUAUUUUUUAAAUGCAUGUCUAUUUUUGUAACCAUGUGGACAUUGUUACUAUGUUUAAAGUUAGUGAAAGGUUUGCUCAAAAUUGCUUGCCAUAGACCACUCAAAUUAUUAUUGGGCUACCAAAUGUAAUGAAUUAAUUGUUUCCAUGCUCUUGAUUUACAAUGAUUUAACUAUUAUUUUUGUUUUUAUCCAAAGGUGACUGAGAUUAUUAGCAUCAAGUUAAAAAUAAAUGAUUACUCAUGAAAUUUAUGAUGUAUGUAAUAACCUUGUGGGCAGAUAUUAAUUGGAGGGGUGAAGGUAACAAGUACAUAUAACAGAUAUAACUAAGGCUAGUGUAAAUGCAAUAGUCUGAUGGAGUAUAGGAAUAAGGCUGCUUGGAAUUAGCUAUCUAUCUUGAUUUGCAUUUUGAAUAUUUGUAUGAUGUGUAUGAACUCAGUCAUGGUAUAUAAAGAAUAAGUGAUAUUGGAAAAGGUUAGAAUGUAUCAAAGAAUAUCGUAGCUUCACAUCACUUUUUGGUCACCAUUGACAUAGUUGGCAUCAUCAAUUUCAGUUAUGGAAAGAACCACAAAGAGAAAAUGACCACCUCAGACAGGACUUGCUGUGAAAAAUAUCGCUUGGGUGUUGCCAUUUGAAGCCACGUGAAUGACGUACAUUGUGUUGUGCAAUCUGGUGAUGAAGGCAGAUUGUGGUAUACUGACUACUGGGCUACGUUUAUCAUUUCUAUAUUUUUAUUUGGUCAUUAUCAAUUUUUAAGCAUGAUGUAGCAUUUGUUCAUAUUGUGUUUCCUUCAACAGAACCCAUUUCAUUGCCAUUGCAGGUGUAUUUUAACAAGAAAUGAUGUCGCCUUUCAAUUUUGCAAACCUGUUCCGUUCCCUCGCCAUUUGCUUUUCUUAUCUCUUGUAAGCCCCUGUUUCUUUAGUUCCUAGCCCUCUUGAAUUGUCUUGGAAGUUGACAAGGGCAACACUUUGCUAACUUUCAUUAAAAGUAUCCUGCAAGUGAUGAAGCAAUUUUUCCUAAUCACUGAACUCCCCCUUGGUAAGAAUACUUACAAAAGAAUGUAAAUCCCUGUGUUCAAUUGACUCUGCUGAUGUUUGCAUUGGUAGACUUAAACAUUGCACUGCUUUGCCUAAUGGACUUACCACUGUCAAGACUGGGCUGGAAGUAAAACCAACUGUCUAUAUUUGAUGUUUUAAAGUCAGUAGGGAGAAGCAAUUACAUGACGUGAAAUUAGACUUGAGUCGUCUGAUGGUUCCUUUGGUAAAAUAUAUUUAAGGUCUGAUUUCCCUGGGAAGGCACUUACCAGUUAGCAAAUAUAUUUUGAUACUUUUACUUAUUUUGGGUUGAUUGAAAAGCUAGGAGUUUCAGAGCGAAUUGCUUCCAUGUACCAAUGCCUAGCUCUAUUAGUUUCAAUUGAAAAAUAAAUAGCGGUAAUAAUAUUUCAGUUAAAAUCAAGUUUUUGUUUGAAAUGAAAGUCUUAAGAAAAUGCCAUUUGUACUUUUCCAUCUAGUCCUCAUUCAGUUGUCUCUAAAUCCCUGUCCCUUCUCGGCACGUAGGCACUUCCCACAUGAAGUACUGUGGUCGGGAAUUCAGUGCUACCCUUUGAAUGUGGCCUCUUCCACUACCAAGGAUCAAACUUUGGUGCCAAGCCAUUUAAACACAGUGCCAACUGAAUGACAGCUAAUGAUUUCAUACCAUUAGUCGUAGAGUAAAUUCACUGUUACAUACAAUUUGUUCCUGGGCUUCUACAAAUAUUAUGUUUCUAUUAGCUGCAUUGAUCAUCCCAAUUUCCACAGCUUCAUCUUUCCUUGGCAUUUUCUUGGGUUAGCCCAAUUGAGAUGGGAUUUAAUUCUUCUGGGAGCUUAGAAUCAGGAAGGAACGUUGGAGGGAGAUGGAAUGCUCUUUAUCGUCCUGACUUUAUCAAAUUCAGUUAGGGAUAGGAAGGUCAGGAAGCCUUGCUACAUGGGGAUCAUUUAAAGCUUGAAAGUGACUCAACUGAUGGCAUUUAAGUGCCUUACUUUGCCCUUGCUGGUGUUCUGCUUGUGGUGUGAGGCAACUGGGAGCAGCACCAUUUGAGGAGACUGCUGAGUAAAAUUCGUAGCCUCAUUGUUGACUUGGGGGUGAGGGUGGACCUUCAUGAGUGAACACCCUUUGGUCUAUAGAGGGCCACCCUGGCCACAAGAGCUGUUACUAGGAAGGAUCUCCCCUUAUCCCAACAUACUUGGUGCUAUUCAGGAACCUCCGUUAUGGUGGCUGCUCCUUGCUCGCUGCAGUACCAAUUGUAACCAUUGCUUCCAAUGGAACUACUGAGACUGAAGAGCUGGCAGCCAUCUAACAGGACUUUUGGUUCUUAAAGCUGAGAUUUACACUCUUAAAAUGGCAGAAACCGUGACACCAGGGUAUUAACUGUGUUGUAGCUUCCAGAAAUGACUAUUGGGCUCAGCUUUUCAGCCAGUGGAUGGGGUCUCUGCGAUGGCCAUUUAAUUUGACCCGAGGAAUUCUUUCACUUUUCCAAUUAGUACUUUAGUGUGCCUAUACUAACGUGGUUGAUUGGAAAACUGAGAGUUAUUUUUGGACUUUACAACACUGCUCUGAUAUGACAAAUACUGUGGUGAAUUAACUUUAUAGUCCUCCUGAGUAUAUCUACUAAGGUGACAUUAUAAAUUCGUAGGUUUUCAGAGCUGCGACUGUCUGGAGUUGUUCUUAUAUUGGGCUAGGCAUUAAAAAAGGUUGUCUUCCAGUCUAUCCAGCAAAUCUAUGUUUGUUGCUACAGAUUGUACAAUCAUUAGUACUUUGUUGCAUAGAAAGAAGACAUUUGGCCUAACACAGCAAUGCCAUUUAUAUUAGAAUAUUCAGAAUUUGCCAUUUCCCCAUAGGCCUGGAAAUGUUCUGAUACAAGUAUAUACCCAAUUCUCUUUUUGAACAUCGAUUUCUAUCAUCUUUCCAGAUUGAAAAUAGUUGCUGCUUAAAAAGUACUUGCCUCACCAGUUCCCUUUCCCACUGCUCUCCAUCUCUUCCACCCUGCUCACCCCUAGAGAACGGCAGGAUCCCUGCCUCUGCCCUGUUGGACAAUAUUUCGGCUGUAAGAAGUGCCUUUUGUCCUUUGUGUUUUUCUUUUGUGAAGAGAAGUUGAGACAGAGGUAAUGAGCAACUUGUUCCAAGCCAGUAAAGUGAACAGCUUGUGAGGCCAUGGUUUUUUUUUAAAGUUGGAACAAUAGAAGCAGCAUGAAUAGGUGGAGUUAGGCUCCUACAGAAUCAGGGUUUUAGUUUUGCUUUCAGUAAUUGUUGGGGUUUUGAAGCUGCUAUACAUCCCUCUCAGCUACAGCAAAACACUUGAGUUCUCCCUCUCUGCCAGAAUUUUCUCUUGAUGUUCUUUCCUCCUGGACUAGAGAAGAUAGCAUGUGAGACAAUCUAUUUCACUGAAUUUGCCUUUGCCAAGGGUGUGUUUAUGGGAUGUUACAGUAUUGGAACAGUUGCUGGUUAUUAGUUAAAUAAUCUAUUAUUCUGUUUAGUUUUCCAAUAGAAUUAAAGUUAGGCCAAUCCUUCUUUCUUUUGUUUAUAUUUUGACUGUAGAAUAAGAAUAAAGUGUGUUUUGCCUAACGCCGAGUAGUGUAAGCAAUCAAAUUACAUCUGGUACACAGCACGUUAUACUUGCCUUUCAAUAAGAAAACAUUAGGGUCUGGGCUACCUCGUUUAUACAUUUGAAGGGCGUUUGGUUUGGUCUGAUCUGUAACACCUGUCUAAGAUGAACUGAGUCAGUACAGUCUGAGAAUCAAGUGCAUCAAUGUUUUUAAUGUCUAGGAUGAGCAGCUCCUGAGUUGCUAGUUUACUUCUCCCUAAAUAAAGAAAAAGGUCCUGUAAAAGAUUUAGCUCCAGGUAUACACAAUAUGAUCACCUGAUGAUUACACUAAGGUAUGUAAUUAGUUUAACAGUAAUUCAAGAUUUGAGAUAUUUGAGUGCCGGAUAUUGAGAAAAAAUAAUAAUGAGACACUCAAAGUUAUUCAGAAAAUUCCUUGCAACAUUUAAACUGAAGGAUAUAACCAUCUAAUGUGGUUCAAAGUUAAUUAUAUUGAGGCCAUCAUAUAAUAUCUUUAUUGGGAUAGUUUAAAUUUAUGCAACAGUUGAUAUGAAUAGUGAGAUAAUAGUCUGCUGGUAAAGGGAAUCCGAUACAGCUACUGCUCAAAAUUUAGAGGAGUAAGUUUUAUUCUGUAUUUCUGGUUUAUUAAAUUUAUUAUUGGACUCCUAUCCAGAAGUGACAGUGUGAUUUGACUAAAACAUCAACAGUGAUAGACCCAGUUCUCAAGAAUCUUGCUCCUCCUUUAAAUUCUGUGACACUUUUGGCAGUUGAAUUAUUCCUUGUUUAGGUUCUGUUCAAGGAAAAGCAGUGUAUUGUCUUUGCUGAAUAUUCAGACUGUAUUUCCUGUCUAAUUAAAACUACCUGUGUAAUCUAUACAUUUAAUAAAAGC